GUCCAGGACACGUUCAUGACUUAUGAGAUAUACGAUGAUGUCAUUACUCUGCGUCUUGUGCAGGAGGCAUGCACUAUGCUGGACAUGCCUUCUGAGGUGGUGCUGAAGCUUUUCAGGGAGUACUUCUUCAGCUUCUGUAAGAUGGCGGGGUACGACACCAUGCUGCGUACGCUAGGGGGGAACCUGGUGGAAUUCAUUGAGAACCUGGAUGCCCUUCACAGCUACCUGGCUCUCUCCUACCAGGAGAUGAACGCUCCCUCGAUCCGUGUGGAGAAGAACGAUGAUGGGAGGAUGUUGCUUCAUUACUACUCGGACAGGAAAGGUCUACAGUGCCUUGCAAAAAGCAUCAGGAAGUUCAUCAACAGCCAGUUUGUCCUGAAGACCAGACGGGAGAUGGUGCCCCUGGCCUCUCAGCAUCAGUCGAUGCUCAAACUCAGAGGUCAGAUGGUGUGGAUGGAGUCUCUGGGCUGUAUGGUGUACCUGUGCUCUCCGAAGCUGCGCAGCCUGCAGGAGUUGGAGGAGAGGGGUCUGCACAUCUCCGACAUCGCCCAGCACGACACCACCCGGGACCUCAUCCUGCUUAACCAACAGCGUCUGGCCGAGAUGGAGCUGUCCAAUCAGCUGGAGCGCAAAAAGGAGGAGCUGAGGAUCCUCUCACGGCACCUCGAGGCGGAGAAGAAGAAGACGGAGACUCUGCUCUACGCCAUGUUGCCUCGCCACGUAGCCAACCAGCUGAAGGAGGGCAAGAGGGUGGAAGCAGGUGAGUUCCAGGUGUGCACCAUCCUGUUCAGUGAUGUGGUCACCUUCACCAAUAUCUGUGCUGCCUGCAAGCCCAACCAGAUCGUCAACAUGCUCAACUCCAUGUACUCCAAGUUCGACCGCCGUACCAGUGUCCAUGACGUGUACAAGGUGGAGACUAUUGGAGACGCCUACAUGGUGGUGGGUGGGGUUCCUAUUCCAGCUGACAGCCAUGCAGAGGGGGUGGCCAACUUUGCCCUGGGUAUGCGUAUCGCUGCCCGGGAGGUGACCAACCCUAUCACUGGGCAACCCAUCCAGAUUCGGGUGGGUCUGCACACAGGUCCAGUGCUGGCUGGUGUGGUAGGGGACAAGAUGCCUCGAUACUGCCUGUUUGGAGAUACGGUGAACACUGCCUCCCGCAUGGAGAGUCACGGAGUGCCUGACCACAUACACCUCAGCCCCUUCACAUACAGUGCGCUGGAAGAUAAGCGCUUUGACAUCCUGGAAAGAGGAGAGAAGGUGAAGGGGAAAGGCCUGAUGACCACCUACUUCCUGCUGCAGAACCUGUGUGUGUCUGAGGACACCAUCUUGGCCAGAGGGACAGGAGAGCCCUGCGUGUACAGAGACAACCAGCAGGGGGCGGGAGAGAGCGAGAGAGACACAGAAGAACCAGACAGUGUGAGAAAGGAAGAAACGAAUGGCCAAACCAUGGCAUCAGCUUCUUCUUCCAGUGACCUCACCAACGAAGACACACCUUUUCUGGGAGACACUACACCUUUUCAAAAGGGCCACCUCAACGACGUGAACUCACGAUUCUGCCGACUGCUCUAA